UGCAUUUUGCAUCAUGUGAUUUUUCUGUAGUCCAAAAUGGAAACUGCCUAUUGUUCAACACAAAGCAGGGGUGUUCUGACAAUGUUUGCUUUCUGUUUGGUUGUUAUUCUACUGUCACAAACUGAUGCGAUGAUGCAUUGUAAAGAAAAGUCGUUGACUCAGAGAUUUCUAGAUUUUGCAUUGGAACAGAAGAGGGCAUAUAUAACAAAUGAGACUGAAUUUCAAAGACGUUGCGACAUCUUUCAGGCAAAUCUUGCUCAUGCUCAGGUCUUGAACAAACCCCACAACUCAACCAUAUAUGGAGUCAAUAAAUUUGCUGAUUUGUCUUCUCAAGAAUUCCAAGACCUCUACCUGUCUGGUUACAAGUCUGCAAGGUGGCACAAGAAUGCUAGUGAUGCUUCCCAAUAUUUAGGAUCACAGAUGGUGGUGCUUCCCCCUGAUGGUUUGCCACAGAGAGUUGACUGGAGAGACAAGAAAGUCGUGACUCCGAUCAGAGACCAAAAAGCCUGUGGUGCCUGCUGGGCUUUCAGUGUGGUGGAGACAAUGGAAAGCAUGUAUGCCAUUCAGUACAACACGACGCCUCCGUCACUGAGCGUGCAAGAACUUAUCGACUGUGAUGACAAUAACAAAGGUUGUGAAGGUGGAGACAUUUGCUUGGCCACCCGCUGGGCGCAGGCGAAUGGAGUUGUUUCAGAGAGUAAGUACCCACUGACCGAUCACACCGACAGCUGCAAGAAGGUGCCUGCGUCAGUGCCGCGGGUCGCUGUGGACAGCUACAACUGUACCAGUUACACCGGCAAAGAAAAGUCUAUGUUGGCUCUUCUUGCCUCUCGGGGUCCGAUCGCUGUGGCUGUUGAUGCUUCAACCUGGCACAACUAUGUCAGCGGGAUCAUACAGUUCCACUGCUCCAAUCUUAUCAACCAUGCUGUUCAGAUUGUUGGAUAUGAUUUGACGGGUGAGAUCCCGUAUUACAUUGUGCGCAACUCAUGGGGCUCAGACUUUGGAGACCACGGCUACCUGUACAUUAAAAUUGGAGACAAUUUGUGUGGUCUGGCUGAUGAGGUUUCCAGUCUACUCGUGAAGGAAAAAACAAGAUAGCUCACGUCAACACAGUACCACUACAGUCUAAAAUGUCCAUGCUGGCCAUCCUAUAUGGAGGAGAGCAGUGGUCGUCUUAGGCAGGUGGAUGUCUUGGACAGUGCCAUUAUAAUAUAUAAAAAAAAUAAUAUGUCAAAGAGGAAGUGGGCAGUGGUCUUUUGUACAAGUGAUUGUGUUUAUCAGGUGGCCAUUAGAAUUAGAAAAAGUUUAACUGUACUUUGGUAGUACUCUGGCUGGUUCCUUUUAUGUGUGUUUAUUUCACCGAUGAAGCUGAACUGUUAUGAACUAAUUCACUACGUAAUUUUCUACCCUUCUGGACGUAAUUUUUUUUGGACGACAGGUACUUAUUUAAUACAUACAUAUGCUUAGUUUUGCCCUCUUUUGCUAAGUAUAGCAUUAUAUAUCAAAUGAAAGGACAGUCUGGGCUCUUUCUCUCGCACUCACACUGGUAUUAAACGUGCAUAUACAGAUAUACAGGUCAUGUAAGAAAGAUAAAGGUAAGAAUAGUAAGAAAAAUGUAUAUUGUCCAGAUCUGGCGCAUUGGUUUGGUGUUUCACUACACACAUACACACACACACACACACACACACACACACACACACACACACACACACACACACACACACACACACACACACACACACACGUGCACACUCGCACCCAUACAAACAUACUCUUUCAUACAUCCUCUCUUUCACACACAUCUACAUGUACAUACAUGCACACAAAAUAUUAUGCUUUCUCUCACAAACAGACCCACAAUCACACGCAUAAUCAUGAUAUAAAAAUGAAUACAAUUAUUGUCAACAAUAAUGAUGACUACACUAGAUACAUUUAUAAUCAGUAAUCUGAUAGUACUCGGAUGAUAUUCUGGAAUUACAUGCUUUAACUUAAAAAUUUAUAGAAAUACUUAUUACUGCAAGAUGGUUAAGGUGGUAGGAAUUUAAUGGAUAUACCUAUGUACAAGUACCUAAAUAGAAUUGAUUAAGUCAAGAAUUUUGAGGGGCCCCAAUCUGAGUCAUUCUAAGAGUGCUCUAUUGUUAAUUAUUGACAAUAAUAAUUAUUUUUUGUGGUUUGAGAAAAAUGUUGAUAGAUUUUAAAAGCAACAAAAACAUUCCAGCUAUGAUUUUUAGAAUUCAAUAUGGUUUAUUUUUGCUUUGGUCUUUGCAAAUCCUUAAAGAAUAUUAUUUUAGACAUU